CAGAGAGCAGUGCGCAUGCGCAGCGCCUGCAGGCUGAGCGGUUGUGCUAUGGAUCGACCCAUGGACUUUUUAAAUUAAUUAAUUAAUUAAUAAAAUAAGAACAUUUUGAUGUGUUAUUUUGGUUCAACUGAAGACAGAUUGCGACGUCACAGAGCACGUGAUAACCAGCACGAGACACUCCAGAGCGCGAGACCUGUGGCCGUUUGUCAGACACGGAAGUCCUGUCAUAAAAGGUGAGGGAUGAAGAGGAGUCAGCUGCUGGCCGUGCUGGUGGGAGGGAUCUUCUGCGUUGCUGUUAUAUCGCUGUACCUGAUGCUGGAGCUGAUGCAGGGGGCGGAGCUUCAGCACCGCGUGGAUACGCCCACUGGACAGGUUGGCAACGACUUGUCCCUCCUCCAGCAGAAGAUUGACAGGUUGGAGCUUCUCCUUAACAACAACAACCGUAUGGUUGCUAUGCUGCGGGACACUCUGAUGCAACGCAAAGCAUCAUGGGACACAGGACAAAUGGCCAACGGCAGCUCAGGCUCCGCCCUAAGGCUGCCUGGCUGCCGAUUGGCCGAAGAGAUGAAGGACGGAACUGAUGGAGUACAGCUGCUGGACGUCUACGACCUCCUGCCGUUCGAUAACCCCGACGGCGGCGCCUGGAAACAAGGCUUUGAAAUCCGUUACCAUGGCAACGAGUGGGACGAGCAGCCGCUGGAAGUUUUCCUUGUUCCUCAUUCACACAACGACCCGGGCUGGUUGAAGACAUUUGACAGGUAUUAUGAGGACCAGACGAAACACAUCCUCGACAACAUGCUGAUCAAACUGAGUGAAGACAGCAGGAGGAAGAUGAUUUGGGCAGAAAUCAGUUAUUUCUCUAAAUGGUGGAACGACAUCAACGAGGAGAAGAGAGAGGCGGUCAGACGCCUGGUGGGGGCGGGGCAGCUGGAGAUGGUGACGGGCGGCUGGGUGAUGGCGGACGAAGCCAACAGCCACUACUUCGCCCUGCUGGAUCAGCUGAUGGAGGGACACCAGUGGCUCCAGAGACACCUCGGUGUGACGCCGAGCAGCGGUUGGGCCGUGGAUCCCUUUGGCCACUCACCCUCCAUGGCCUACCUGCUGAAGGGGGCGGGGCUUAGCAACAUGGUCAUCCAACGCGUUCACUACGCCGUCAAGAAGCACUUCGCCCAACAGCGCACGCUCGAGUUCCUAUGGCGACAGAGCUGGGACUCCUCCCCCCGCAGUGACAUCACGUGUCACAUGAUGCCGUUCUACAGCUACGACGUUCCGCACACGUGCGGUCCGAACCCGGCCGUCUGCUGCCAGUUCGACUUCCACCGGCUGCCGGGGGGGCGGGUCUUCUGCCCCUGGAGGAUCCCGCCGCAGCCAAUCACAGAGCAGAACGUCCAGGAGAGAGCCCUGCUCCUAUUGGACCAGUACCGGCAGAAGUCCCGCCUCUUCCUGUCUCCGGUUCUGAUGGUCCAGCUCGGAGACGACUUCCGCUUCGUGGAGGCGAGCGAGUGGGACGCCCAGUUCACGAACUACCAGAAGCUCUUCGACUACUUCGACCAGCACCCGGAGCUGCACGUCAAGGCUCGGUUCGGGACUCUGUCUGAUUAUUUCUCGGCGCUGACUCGGCGUGUGGCGUCCGGUCCGUCUCUGCCGACGGUGCGCGGCGACUUCUUCACGUACGCCGACCGGGACGACCAUUACUGGAGCGGCUACUUCACGUCCCGGCCGUUCUACAAGCGUCUGGACCGCCGGCUGGAGGCCACGCUGCGAGCGACAGAAAUCCUCUUCAGCCUCACGCUGGCUGAGAUGCGGCGUUUCCAUGGCGAUGGCCGUUUGGCGGCAGACUUCCCGGCGCGGGAACACUUUGGGCGUCUGACGGCGGGGAGGCGGAGCCUGGCGCUGUUCCAGCACCACGACGCCGUCACGGGCACCGCCCGCGACCCCGUGGUGGUGGACUACGGGAACAGGACGCCGUCGCCCCUGGCAACAGUAACAGACUAUCAGGUCCAGAGUGUGUCCCUUAUUGUGGGUGGGCUCUGUCACAUGCUGAGUCAGUCCAUAGUUCUCAAAGUAGUGAUGUGUACUCUGAUGUACUUCUUCAGGUCUGUGAUGGUGUUUAACCCGACGGAGCAGCUCCAGACGUCCGUCGUCAGCGUCCUCGUCGACUCCCCGGACGCUCGCGUCGUCGCCGCGGAAACGGGCCGACCAAUGGCUGCUCAGAUCUCUGCCGUGUGGGCAAAGCCGAGCCGGGCCGCCACCGACUCCUUUCAGCUGGACUUCGUGGCUGAGCUUCCUCCUCUGGCGCUGGGCGUGUACCAUGUGACCAGAUCCUCCGUCGGCUCCGCCCCCCGGGCGCGCUACACCUUCCGUCGCCGUGGCAACCCGCCGAGUGUCCGGGCGGAGCACUUCCAGGUGUCGCGCCCAGAUGCAGUCGAAGCCGAGGCCCCCCUGUCGCUUAGCAACAAGCACAUCCAAAUAUGGAGCUCCCCGGAGACGGGCUUCCUGCAGAAGCUUCGUCUGCGGUCCGGUCUGGUGAGGAAGGUCCAGGUCCAGUUCCUGUGGUAUGGAACCAGAACCGGAGUAAACCGGGACAAGAGCGGAGCGUACCUGUUCCUGCCGGGGGAGGAGGGGGCCCAGAUCAGCUUUGACAGAUUUAAUAUUCCACACUUGAGGUGGUUCGCAGAAGGAAUCCUCACGGCCACUCUGGCAGCCCCAGGUCUGGACCCUCACAGUGGUCCCGAAGUGGGCGGGGCCUCGGUAGAACACCUUUCUCUGCUCGCCCACCUGACCUCGCUCUCCCUCCUCCACCCCCCCAUCACCAUGGUUGCCCCGAGCGACAGCCGGCUGCCCGAGCUCCGCCCCUUCCUGCCGCUCCGCUCCUCGCUGCCGUGUGACGUUCACCUGCUGAACCUCCGGACGCUGGAGGACGCUCAGGAAGCAGAUAAUCCGUCACAGGAAGUGGCUCUCCUCCUUCACAGGAAGGGCUUCGACUGUAGCUCCGCCCCCGAGCCGCAACUUCAGUGCACGUGGAGCGAUCACGAGGAGGUGAAUCUGGACUCCCUCUUCUCUCCGCUCCGGUUCAGGUCUCUCCGGCGUUCAGGUCUCACUCUGCUGCGAGACCACGAUGAACCGGAGUCUGCCCGGCAACAGACGACGCCGCGCAUCACUCGCCUGCGACCGAUGGAAAUCAGCGCUUUCCGCGCAGAAAUCAACUGAAAAACAAGAUUUCCAAAACAUAUUUUUUUUGUUU